AUGGGCGCGAGUGGGUCACGGUCAUCUACCGGUGUUAUGAACCAGAUUGGCCAAGCAACAGGACGAUGGCCUUGUCAACCUUCCAUUUUGGCGACUCCGCAUGCUGGAGGUGAUCGUCAAGGAGCCGGAUCGCAGUCUCCGAAACAAAUGUUUAUGCUUUUGGUUAAGGCCACGCUUAUCUUUCGAAUGCUCAAACCAGCAUUCGAGACUCCAGGGUUAUUCAUUCGACAUUGUUCGUACAAUGGCAGUGCGGCGUCGAUAACACCAUCCUCCCGACCAGGCUACAAUAUGCUGCGUCGUCCUUUUGAAGCAUUGCACCAGAUUAAGAGCCUCUACAUGAGGUUCUAUCAGGUUGACUUGCAGCAGCUUAUGAUGGAUUUGCCCUUUGUGACUCAGGGUCCAGGGCUCGAAAACAACCUACGAGUCACCCAGUCCAUAAACGGCUGGCUCCACUCGCAUCGAUUCUUCUGGAAUUACCCCCGCGAUAAUGACCGUUGUGGACUUCGUGCCGAGUGGAUCAAGUCGGCCCUCACGCAAAACGACAGUUCUUUUUUCGAAUUCCACAGAUACUAUUGGGAGAUUCACAUGCUCUAUCCCGACAUGGUUAAGGAUUAUGAUCCCGUCUUCCAGCUGCUCCUAAAGGACAUGCACAUAGCGCUGGUGAGUCUGUAUGGAUUCGUGAUCGAGAGAGAGAGUCGACCUGAGGGACCGCAGCUGAGGCCGUGGCAUAAUGUGUUUCGACGUAUCGUCCCCGCAGAUCUGAUGGACGUGCCGUAUGAUUUAGUCGUUGAGUCGAAUUAUCGGGAGUAUAUGGGACUCUAUGGAUACCGUUAUGAAACUGGGACAGGCGGUAUACCUGAGCCCUUGACGUGA